CUCAGCCCGAGCGUUUAAACAAACCAGAACCAGCAGCGCGCGCACACCCACACACACAGACACUCACACAAUGCCAUACAGCUGUGAUGUGUAACACAGAAUGAGGCUGAGAGGACAGAUCUGGACCUGAAAAGCAGAGUUCUUUGGAGAAGAGCCGGCUCAUGACAGCGCAGAGGGAGACAUUAACCAGAUCAGACUUUGGGCCCUCUCCCUCACCUUGCACCUUCUGCCCGUCAGUCCCCUCCCCUGCAGCCAUUCCCUCAGAAAAACCAAGCUAGACAGUAACACUGAAAGUUCCUCUCCAGAAGCGACAGCUGACACAUUGGAAACGACAACCUCGGCUGAGAUGGGAGACUUGUGUCAUCCUCGUGCCUCCAGCCCGGAUGGGGAGACGGUGUGUGAGGCUCUGGCCCGUCACGAGUCCACUCUGAGAGAGGCCAUCCGGGAGAUCCACGUGGAUGUCAGUGCCUUUAAGUUAGGCAUGGAGCAUCGCCUGGAAGACGCGGUCAGCAUGAGCGGAACCCUUGGGCGAGCCAUGACUCAGCUCCAGCAGGAGAACCGAGAGCUCCGCACUCAGCUGCAAGCUCUAAGCCGACAGGUGGAACUCCUCGGUGGAAUGAGCGGUCAAUACGGCAAGCACCACUGCAGUGACAACCAGGAGGGGACCUACGGGAAGGCUGAGUCUCCCUCUCAGAGUGUCAUCCAGCCCUGCACUGCAGGGAGUCAGACACAGACCUGCAACGGCCAUAGCGGUCACAUCGACGCCGCAACCAACAAUGCAACGCGCUCCUCGUCCCCCAGCUCCAGCAGUCCCCCGGUCACUUCACGAGUUUCCGCCAUUGUGACAGGUCCUCUUUCGAGUAGCAGCCCGACCACCGGCCGCUUCUCCAGUCGAGCCACAUUUGCAGUCUCCAGCAAAACCAAUAGUAUUGAGCGAGAGGAGCCAAUAGAGGUUGACCAGGCCCCGACACAUGCGUGCCUGGAGAAUGGACACACUGCGUCAACAGAACAUUCCUUGCUGGUACAUGGAAAGAUGUCUCCACCCAGAGAUUUCCCACAUGAACACACAGCUCCAGUUGCCAUGCGGAUGGCCCACUUCCCCAUCACGGCCACCACCAAGACAGCAGAACUCAAGACUUGUCCAGAGUCUCCCAGUAGCCCCACUUCCUCUAGUUUCCCUCCAGUAUCAGAAGCCUUCCCUCCCAGUCAAUCAACUGCCAACACCAUCCAGCCUCAAUCAAGUGCAGAAUCCCCAGUUCAACCAGUGUCUUGUGUGAAGACGUGGAACGCCAUACCCAUCAGAGCUGUGGGAACUUCGCGCCUCCAAGAAAAGACGGUUUCACCCACUGCUAAAACUGUGACUUAUGCAGGCUUACCUCAACAUGACAGAGAUGACAAUGAAGAAAGCAAAGAGCGAUCUUUUGGGCAUGGAGGAGAAAGGAGGCGAGAGCUGGUGAGGUCACAAACUUUACCAAGAAACAUUGGAGCUCAGGCUCGGCGGUCAGUCUUUGAGAGGUUGGACACAGACCUCAGUAACAGUCGCCCCAAACUAAUGGAAUCCAAACCCAAACUGAAGCGCUCCCAAAGUUUUGGAGUUUCCAGCGCAGGCAGCAUCAAACAGAUCCUUCUUGAGUGGUGUCGCUCCAAGACCGUAGGCUACCAGAACAUAGAAAUACAGAACUUCUCAUCCAGUUGGAGUGAUGGCAUGGCUUUCUGCGCUCUGGUCCACUCCUUCUUUCCCACCGAGUUCGACUAUGAAUCAUUAUCACCAGCCAACCGCAAGCAUAACUUUGAACUGGCUUUUGGGACUGCAGAACUGAAGGCUGGCUGCGACCGGCUCAUCGAAGUGGAUGACAUGAUGAUUAUGGGUCGGAAACCGGAUCCAAUGUGUGUAUUCACCUACGUUCAGUCGCUCUACAACCACCUGCGCAAAUUUGAGUGACAAUCCACAUACACCGCAAAUCGUGCCGUGAUCUUUUCCAAGCCGUCUUUUCCACUGCCAUAUUGCAAGGAGCCACAUAAAAGGCAUUUUCCUCUGUGCCCAGGAGAGAAGUCAAAGAAUUCAAGACUGGGCUGCCCUCGUGUGGUUAAUUGAAGAACAUUCGUUCCAAUUUUAGAGGGCUCAACCCAGAAUAGUGAAUGCGUGUACGUGUGUGUGUUUGUGUAUUGUACAAAUCAAUGAAGACAACACGUUGUUGAGUUCAAAUAUAUUUAGUUUGUAUGUUUUUUUGUUGCUUCUAACCCUUUAUUAUUCCCACAUGUUGAGUAUUUUAACCUUUGACACUGCACCAGAAGGGACACAAUUUGCAGCAUAAGCAAAGAACUGAAAUAAAUGUAGGCAAUCAUUUUGUAAAAUAGUUUUGAUUAUGAAAUGUAUUCAAGUGUUAUGGAGAAUAAUAAAUUGAGUGUUUCUAAAAUGAGACCACACUAUGCUGGGAUGUUGAGUUGUUAACAUUUAAUAAAAUCAUUGUCAGCUGACAGAAAAA